GGGACGUCCCAGCGUUCGAUUCAACAGCAAUAUACGAAAACUAUACGCAUUUGUUUGGAAUUUUAAUAAAUAUUAAUAAUAAUAAUUCACAAUGACUGUCAAUAAAUUGUGCUGCACUUUAGCUACAGGUGCUAUCUUGUGCCUGGGCUUUGCGGUUCUGAUACAAGCGCAGGAUAAGCUGCUGAAUCAAGUGUGCCUGGGUUGCCUGUGCGAAGCCGUCAGCGGCUGUAAUCAGACACGUGCUUGCGGCGGUGGCGCCUGCGGCAUGUUUCACAUCACCAGGGCCUACUGGGCGGAUGGCGGCAAGCUGACCCUGAACAACGAAAGUCCCCAGUCGGAGGAGGCCUUUGCCAACUGCGUCAACGAACCCUAUUGCGCAGCUGACACCAUCCAGAACUACAUGACCAAGUUUGGACAGGAUUGCAAUGGCGAUGGCGUCGUCGAUUGCUACGAUUAUGCGGCCAUACACAAGCUGGGUGGCUAUGGCUGCAAGGGCGAACUGACCCAACAAUAUAAGACCUCUCUCGAUGAGUGUCUCAAGGCACACUUGAACAUUGAUGUGCGCAUCUUGCAUUAAGCUAUAUAAUCUACGGGCUUUUAUUUUCCUUAUUUACAUGCAGCUGUGAGCUGAAAUUUGCAUCUUGAAUCGUUUGAAGUGUGCAGGAACCCAUAUUUACAGAAAAACAAUUAUUUGUUUUAAUUUAAAGCUGACAAAAACACUACCAAAAGAGGCGCAACUGAAUGCCGAAAUGUGAAAUGAUAAUAAUUUAGAUAUGUUUUAUUAAAAACAGAGAAAAACGGCACAAUUUAACAAAAAGCUAC